AUGAGUUACCGGGAAUUUCAUUUUCUGGAACCUGUACCGGAUUUGGUGGUAGGGAUAGAUAUAGGGACGAGUCAGUCUGGUUUUGCCGUGCGGACGAAGAAGGAUGGUCGGAUCUACAUGGGAUCAGAGAGCAGCGAGUUCAAACAAGACAAGAUACCCACGUCUCUUCUUAUGGAGAAGGACCUUAAAUUGAAAGCGUUUGGUUACAAGGCCCAACGGAUGUACACAGAGAUGUUAGUGGCUGAAAGAGAUGUCCAUUAUUAUAUAGAAUCUUUUGAAAGUUUUCCAUAUGAAAGUCAACAGUUUUGUAAGAAAAGACUGACACUGUUAGACAAAGAACGGAAGGUGUUGAAUGCUUAUGACGUUAUAAAGGCAGUGUUAAAGUACUUAAAAGAUGCUGCUAUCAAUGUUGUCGAAAGAAAUUACAAAUUUGAAAUCGUAAUUUCAAAUAUUAUGUGGGUAUUAAGCGUGCCAUUGCGUACUUCAGACGCUGUAAAACUGGCAUUGUCAGACGCAGUGUCUGAAAUAGGGAUAUUAAAGGAUAGACUCCGUAUCGUGUCACACGAACAAGCAGCGAUUACUUUUUGUCGAGAGUCGUCAAAAUUUCGUCUAGGCGGAAAUAUGCCUAGUCAAGGCCGGGCAAUCUUUGCUGAUGCGGGUGGACAACACAUAACUCUGACUGCAUGUGAUGUUAAUGCAUUUUGCGAAAUAAAGGAGAUUGAAACGGUGAAAAUACAUGGCCAAGGAGGUAAUGCAGUUAACAAAGAGAUCGCGUUGUUCCUCAAAGAUAUUUUUGGCGAGCAAUUAUGGACUGCCAUAAAAAGAAACUGUCCCGCUUCGUUUUAUAAAAUUCUGAAAGGUAUAGAGAAAAUGAAGCAGAAAACAACAAGUAAGGUAAAGAGAGCAUAUAUUGGAAUUGUACUCGAUAAUGACAUUCUUGGAUUUUUGGAUGAAUCCAAUUUUGACUUAACUAUGUUAAAUAAGAGUGUCCAAUACCGAAGAAAUAUACUGUACGAUGAAAAGCAGCGUGUUCUUUACUUCCACAGACGACUGGUUGAAACGUUUUAUGUAUCAUCUGUGUCGAAUAUCCUGGAUGGUUUGAAUUUACUAGUGUCAAAACAUGACAGCCAUGACAUGAAGGUAUUCGUUGUCGGCGGUUUUAUGGAAUCGCUACAUGUCCAAACGCUCCUUCAGACAGGUUUACCUAACGUAGACGUAUUUAUUCCAAACAAUCCCUGGAUUUUCUCAAUGCAAGGCGCUGCAAUGAUGGGCUACUUGGGACGCGGGGUAGAAGGGCGGAUAACGAGAUUUUCUUACGGGAUACCAUUCGCAAUGCCCUUUAAUGCAGAGCAACACCCAAAAGAACUAAAACAAGUUUAUGAUGGUGAUGAAUGGUGCGGCAAAACGUUCCUUAAGCUUAUUGAACGCGGGGAGACUGUCAAAGUCGGGGACACUUUCACUUUGAAGGUUUUCAGCACCGCAAUAGACCCAGAUUUGCAAACAUCGAACAUAUACACUCCGCUUGUUAUAUCUAGAUUGAGGAACCCAAAGUAUUGUACGAAGGAGCAGGGAUGUUCGGUGUUAGGAAGAGUUCGCUGGGUGACUCCUGUCGGUGGCUGGCCGAAGCUGUGGAGAGGAGAGAUGGAACUCAUCGUGGGGGACUAUGAAUUCACUUUCAGUGUUAUCAACACAACUUCUGGGAGUGUGUACACGUCUAAGUUUGAAUUUUGUUGA